AAAUAUUUUGAGACCCAUAAAAUGACACAACAUAGACAGAAUGAUCUGCUCUUGCUAGUUAAUGCUGAGAUUGAAAAAACACUAGUCGCUCAAAGUCUUAUGAGAUGAAGCUUCUGCCAAUCAUAUUCUUGUUGUUCAUUGUACUUCACAGUACAAUAGGUUCAGGUUGUGGCAUGAUAGUGUGCUACUAUACCAAUUGGGCACAAUAUCGGAAUGGUGAUGCUAAAUUCUUCCCUGAGCAUGUUGACCCUUCGCUGUGUACCCACCUCAUUUACGCCUUUGCAAUUUUGAAGGACAAUAAGUUGGUGAAUUUCGAAGAAAACGAUAUGGAUACGCCCUGGGCGCAAGGCAUGUAUGCAAGAUUUGAUAAGCUUAAAGAAAAAAAUCCCAACCUCAUAAUGCUAUUGGCUGUCGGCGGUUGGAACUUUGGUAGCAAGCCAUUCAGUCAAAUGGUAGAGACGGCGGAUAGUCGCCAAAAAUUUAUUGAUCACGGAAUUGGGUUUUUACGGGCACACAGGUUUGAUGGUCUGGACCUAGACUGGGAAUAUCCAGCUCUCAGAGGAGGCAUGCCUGGCGACAAAGAAAGAUUCACACUACUUGUAAUGGAGCUUAAAGAGGCAAUCACUGCUGAAGCUAUUGUAAGUGGCAAACCACGGCUUCUCCUAACUGCUGCUCUGGGAGCAGGGAAACCUACCAUAGAUGCGGCGUAUGAAGUAUCUACCAUAGCACAAGUAUUAGAUUGGAUCAAUCUAAUGACUUAUGAUUUCCAUGGCGGAUUUGACACCACAGCUGAUCACAAUGCACCUCUGUACUCUAUGACCAAGAACGCAAGCGAUACUUUCACUGUUGAUUUCGCUAUUAAUUAUUAUCUUAAACUUGGAGUACCUGAAAGUAAACUCGUGCUGGGCUUACCUACGUAUGGGCGAAACGGCCUGCUAGUCAACAAAAACAAGAACACUCCUGGAUCUCCGAUUAAUGGAGAAGGUCGUGCUGGACCGUUCACUUUAGUACAAGGCAUCCUAGCAUACUACGAGUAUUGCAAGCUAGUGAAGGACCCGAUGACGCUCGUAGGACGAGCUGGCAUGGUGCCGUAUGCAGUUUACAACAGCGAUUUCCUGGGAUACGAUGACGUCGAGAGCAUCAAAGAGAAGGUUAAAUACGCAAAGCUUAAAAAUUUGGGCGGCAUCAUGUUCUGGACUCUGGACUUCGAUGAUUUUAGUGGUAAAUUUUGUGGUGAAGGCGCUUACCCUCUGAUCAACGCCGCUAAAAAACAGUGUGAAUUGCCAGAUAAACACCAAGGACCAGGCGCAGAUGUACCUUUAAAAUCGCCAACAGGGAUGCAACAUGAUGGGAUCCCACCACCCCCAAAAGUUCCUGCAAAGACGAUAGAAACGAAGGCUGGUUCCAGUAACGAUAACGAUCAUAAUUCUCUUUGUUCUAACGUGGACGGCGUGCGUGAUUUCCCUGACGAUUGUACCAAGUACGUCAUGUGUGUCAACACCUUCAGCUACGUACUUCCGUGCCCCGGUGGACUGGUCUUCAACAAAGUGAGCAAAUACUGCGACUGGCCCUUCAAUGUACAGGGAUGUUAAGUUCUCUAUAGCCUUUACUUUGUUACUGUUUAGCCAUUCAGCCCAUAAAGGUUUAACAGUAAAU